GUUAAACAGCUGUAAAUGCUAUUUCUUCUCGGUAAGGUUAGUGUAGGAAUAUAUGGAUUUGUGUUGACGGAGUUGUUUCCUUGAGAUUACGCAUUUAGUGUGAAAACACUUACUCUAGUAACCAAGAGACCGUUAGCCUGAUACAAUGUCCGGGUUCCCGAAUUGACGCCUUAUGGUCACAAAUCAGACGAAGUGUAACAACGAGGUAUCUUUAUUCAAGCCCUGACUAAUGAGACACACGUUUUGAUCAAGUUCUCCUUACGAAAGUUUUUGGAGCACUCAUCGACAAGUAAUGACUUUGCGGACAGGCAAAUCCAUGAGCUGCAGUCUCACAUGGGAAGACUGGAGUCAACAGAUCGCCAGUCAGUACACCUUUUGGAGAAUGAACUGCAGGCUAGAAUUGACCAGAUCUUCAAUCAUUUAGAACGUCUCGAAAUCCUGGCCAGCAAGGAACCACUGAACCGCCGCCAGAAUGCCAAAUUGCGGGUGGACCAGCUCAAAUACGAUGUUCAGCACCUGCAGACGGCCUUACGAAACUUCCAGCAUCGACGCUAUGCCAGAGAGGCCCAGGAAAGAGAAAGGGAGGAACUCAUGAGCCGUACCUUCACUACCAAUGACGCAGACACCUCUAUACCCAUAGACGAGACCCUACAGUUUAACUCAAGCCUGCACAAUGCACACAGAAACAUGGACGAUCUCCUGGGCAGCGGAAGUGGCAUCCUCACCGGCCUCAGAGAUCAAAGGGGGACACUCAAGGGGACCCAUAAGAAGAUGCUGGACGUGGCCAAUAUGUUGGGGUUGUCCAACACAGUGAUGAGACUGAUUGAGAGGCGUGCUACCCAGGAUAAGUUCAUCAUGAUCGGAGGCAUGCUGCUGACCUGCAUCGUCAUGUUUCUGGUCGUCAAGUACCUGGGCUGAAUACUCAACUGUUUACAAUGGCAACUUUCCAUCAGUCUUCUCAGACAUUUUUGCACCACAGCCCCCAUGAGAUGUGAAUGGUUAUAGAAUAAAUAAUUCUAGCGUGUUUUUGAACUAUUGGAAUAGAACAGAAAGACUUUUUAUUUUGAAAACUGUACCAUUAUCUCUCAUGUUCGAUCAUUCAGAAAAAAGUGCAUCUGCAAAUCUGUAAGAUUUGGUAAGUUAAAAUAUAAAUACAAUAUUUAAUUCCACUCCAAGCUGAAAGGUGGCAUCUGAUAACCACUGCCUCACAUCCAUUAUCCAGCUGUUCCUGGAAGCCAUCUGAUUGUGGAAAGCGGCAAUACGAAGGAAUAUUUCACUUGUUUACUACAUUCUCUGUUCUUCUAAAUUAGUGUUUGUUCGACAGUUACGGUUUUGAUCUCGUGCACGAGCAAUGUCCAUGUCAAUUGUUUAACUAUUUUCUGCCGUCAUUCCCACUAACCAAGAGAAAUGUCCCUCCAAAAAAGAUGCUAACUAUGACCUGAUCCUACAUCACAUUUCAUCACAUAAGAAGCUCUUAUUUAUGAAAGGUGAUAUUUAAUCAGAGAUGAAAAGUUGGUCAAUUGGGAUCUCGGAAUAACCAUGAAGUGUUUGCCAGUUUGCCAUGCAGUUUCAUAAAAAUGACUACCCCUGUAAGAUUCUCUGGGAUUUAUGCUUGGAUCUAGUCUCACUAUGUGAGUGUUUAGUCCUCUGAAUACAAAAAAGUGUUUGUGUUCACAAUAAAUGUAAUUUUUAUCUGGUGAUUGUGCUUGCUAUAGGCUCCAAUAACAAGGCUGAGGUCAAUCUUUGAUAUACUUCCUUU